AUGGAGAGAUGGAGUGGAAGAGUGGCUCUUGUGACAGGUGCCUCAGAAGGAAUCGGUGCAGCUAUUGUGAAGGCUCUUGUAGGACAUGGCAUGAAGGUGGUGGCCUGUGCUAGAAGUCUGGACAAAUUGCAGAAAAUUAAAGAAGAUUUAAAGGCUGAGAAAGGUUCAGUCUAUCCUAUAAAAUGUGAUUUAACUAAAGAAGAAGAAAUAUUAAAGAUGUUUAAAGAAAUAAAGAGUGAUAGUAAUUUAGGUGGUGUAGAUGUUUGUAUUAAUAACGCUGGACUCGCCCAUAAUGCACCAUUAUUAUCAGGAAAAACAGAGGAUUGGGCCAAUAUUCUUAAUGUUAACGUGCUAGCCUGUGCUAUAGUGAAUAGAGAAAGUUAUCAAUCAAUGAAAGAAAGAGGAAUAGAUGAUGGUCAACUUAUAUUUAUUAAUAGUAUCUCUGGUCACAGAGUAUUGGCAAGAAGUUCAGUACAUUUCUACAGUGUAUCUAAAUUUGCUGUAACAGCUUUAGUAGAAGGUACAAGACAAGAAUUACGAGAAUUAAACUCUCAUAUCAGAGUCACAGGAAUUAGUCCUGGAGUGGUAGAGACUGAGUUUUCAGAAAGAAUGAAUCAAAGUCAAGAAAAGGCCCAAAAAUUUUAUUCUAGUAUUAAGUGUAUGGUUCCAAAAGAUAUAGCUGAUACUGUAGUAUUUAUUUUACAAUCACCACCACAUGUAGAGAUCAAUGAUGUUAUUAUGAGACCUACAGAACAGACUGGUUAAUAAUUCUAUAAAACUGAAUUUUUGCUAAUUUUGACUAUGGAUGUAUUGGCUGGAUGACAACUCUACUGAAAUUGAAUGGGACUGGUCAAUCAUAUUUGUAUUGUGCUUGUGAUAAAUUGUGAAAACUAAAUUAUGCCUUAUUUGAUAAAUUACUAAUAAAAAAAA